UGUAGAUCCAAUGAGAAGCAGGAGAGAAAAAAAGAAAUCCAGAGUUCCUCUUAAAAUCUUCAUACAAGCUUGGUCCUAGCAUGAUCAGAGAAGCAUUGAAUGUAAACAUAUGAUUUUUACACAGCUGGUAUAGCAAAGCAUGUGCCCCCCACAUCUAGGUUUAUACCAUUUCUGCACCUGACAUGCCAAAUGAUGACUGUACAUUCUACCAGAGCUUAAACAAGAUCCGUGUUUUUGCAAAUGCAAGGCUAUUUGUCUAUUAAAUUUAACAUAAAGUAGCUUCUUAAUGCUCCUGUUUGAGACUACCAGUAUUUUUCUGCGCAUCCUAUACAAUUCCCAAAUACGUUUCUAUGAGCUCCUUUAUUAAUGAAUCAUUAAGGUUGCUUUCACAAAAUCCUUAAAACCAUUAAGUUGGGUUCAAUGGGAUUCUUAAUUAUAUGUGUUUUGUAUUAAUCUAUGGGCUUUAUUUCUUGUGAGAACUUUUGUUAAGCAUCCCAUUAUAUCAAUAAAUGCAUUUCUAUUGGUUAAAAUAAAUACAAAACCAAGCAUAAAUUAAGCGUAGCCGUGGCUUAUUACAAAAGAACAGUUUGACCCACAAGGUCAAUUCCAUUUUCCUAGACUAUGACAUAAUUAAGGGAUUGCUGUCUGUGUGAUGAUGGGUGGUACUAGUAAGGCUGGUUUAGCAGGUCCAGGAAAAGCAUUAGUACUGGGAAAUGACAAUCAAAGGUGGAACAAACAGGGUGGUGAUACAAGAGCUGGUCUGUAACAGAAGAAGGAGGAGGAGGCUUCCUUUUGUUUUCCUGUGCAACUGCUCGUUUCUAGGCCUAUGGAUUUAUCUCUGUCACCUACGAAGCUCAGUUAGGUGUCCUUGGAUCAUCAAUUUAUCUUUUAGAUAUUCUUGGCCAAGUGCCCUUAGAAUUAACUUGCCUUUUCAUUAUCAGAAUGUUCCCUGCUAUGAGUGUGAGAAGCCAGAAGGGGUCCAUACCGCCUUCAGCAAAAUCCUCGAGGCUCUUAACAAACCCAGAACCAACUAUGUGCUGAGCUUUGCCAACAAGCUCUAUGGAGACUAUGACGUUGCCUUCAUCCAGAAAUUCCUUGACUCUGCUCGGAAACUGUACUUGACAGCAGUGGAUGGAGCUGAUUUUCAUAAUGCCCCAGAAGAAGUGAGAAGAUCGAUCAACUUGUGGGUUGAAUGCCAGACACAAGGUAAAAUCAAGGAGCUCCUCAUCAAGGACAGCUUUGAUUGUCUCACUCAACUGCUGCUGGUGAAUGCCCUCUAUUUCAAAGGAGAAUGGGAUGUGAAAUUUGACAAAGCACUUACGGAAGAAGCCCCAUUUUAUACUCAUGACUCAGAUGAGGAUGAUAUCUUCACAGUGCAGCUGAUGCACAGGAAGGGGGUUUACAACUUUGGAACCAUUGAGUUCGGCAACGUGCAGGUACAGGUGCUUGAGAUUCCCUACAGAGACAAUGAACUGAGCUUCUUCAUACUGCUACCAACAGACUGCAGUCGUGAAUCUCUUCAACAGCUGGAAGAUGGCCUUUCCCACGAGAAACUGCUUGACUGGUCCUAUGAUCUGAAGCCCGAAGAGGUGGAGGUGGCCAUUCCCAAAUUCAGCUCAGAGAAGAUCUUCGAUGCCAACAAAUACUUAGAUCUGCCAGGUCUGUCUGACCCUGAAUAUGCUGAUUUCUCUGGAGCAACAACAACAGAAUAUGUGGCUCUGACUCACCUCAUCCACGAUACAUUCAUUGAGAUCAAUGAGGAGGGUGGUGAGGAACCAGAGGCACCACACGGCCCUAGGGACAGGUGUCGUCGGCAACCUGUGCACGUUGUGGCUGACCAUCCUUUCCUCUACUAUGUUCUGCACAAUUGUACCCAAAGCAUUGUUGCCUUUGGUAGAUACUCUAAGCCAGAAUAAGGGGGGGGGGUGGAUUUGUGCAAUGAAAUCAAUGGAAAAUGAAUAUGGAAAAUGCUUUUUAAAAACAUCUUUUUCAUUCCUCCUGCUCUUUGAUUCCUGCUCUGAAAUGCUAAUUAUGACAUAGAUUUGGUCAAAGAAACCUGAUAUUCGGUGGCGGGUCGACUAUGCAAUACGACUAUGAUGUUUGAAAGGAUUUUGGCCUUACCUGUCUGCAGUUUCCUUCUCCUGCCAUUUUAUGUCAGGUCACCUUGUCUAAAGAGCAGCCUUCUGCUUUAGUUCUGGACAUUGUCCCAGCUCUUGAAGAAGAAUCCAGGUCUUCACAUUGCAGCCAAGUAAAUACUGAGAGAGCCUCUGUCCCUUUCAGAUCUACAAAAAGAGGGCAUCGCCCAGGAGGUGCUGCCUUGCGCAUCCCUGCAGUACAGUGAUGGGGAAAGCUACACUUCUUCCUUCUGUGGGUUUCUUAAAGGGGCUGGUGCCCAGUUCCUUUGGGGAUAUGGCCACCCUCAAUCAAUUGCAAUGAAAUAUGAAAUGUUGUAAAAUCAGUUUUGAUGCGUGAAUAUUUACAUUAUUAUUGGGGAUACUCUCAAAACGUGACUUUCUUCUCUAGUGAAAAAAGCAUGCCUUCCUUUCAGAUCAGAGGUAACAAACACAGUGCUAGAUCUGGACAGGAUAACAUCUGAAGUGAAAAGUCUAAAACUUCCCCUAUUUUCUGAAAAUCUUUUUUUUAAAAAUGGCACCCAGAGAUAGAGCCUGGAGGCAGUAAAAUGUCAUCUCCUCUAGAAUUUCCUGCCUGUCGCAUAUCCUCAUGUUGUUUCAUGAUACAGCCUACCUGAAUAAAUUAAAAUUCAUUUCUAUAGAUUCUACUGCAUUGCAUUGCCUAAAAUUGUCAUAUAGCUGAAAAAUACAUAUAGCCGUCCUAUAGUUUGGCUGUUCCUUUUCAAAGAGUAAAACGUGGACAAUGAACAUCUUUCUAUGUAGCCUGUGAGACUCUAGAUUUUCCUUGAAUUACAUGAAACUCUUUGUUGUUUCUUUUUCCUGACUUGAACUGUAGCUGCACAAUAUCUUAAUAAACAAAGCAUUUA